CGUCAUUUAGUUUGGAGCCGCGGGUGCGCGCGUGGGAGCGGCUGCUGCGGUGCGGGGGUUGCCGGGAGCGCGGUCGGACUGGGACUGAGACUGAGACUGAGACUGAGACUGAGGCGGCGGCGGUCGCAUCUCCACCUUGCUAAGACGCUGGACGCUGCCUUCUUGAUAGCAAGGAAAAUCUGAAUUUCUCCAACACUCACGAUGGGGAAAGAUUAUUAUUCUAUCCUGGGAAUUGAAAAAGGGGCUUCUGAUGAGGAUAUCAAAAAGGCUUACAGAAAACAAGCACUGAAAUGGCAUCCAGAUAAGAAUAAAUCUCCCCAUGCAGAAGAAAAAUUCAAAGAGGUUGCAGAAGCUUAUGAAGUGCUGAGUGAUCCCAAAAAGAGAGACAUUUAUGAUCAGUUUGGGGAAGAAGGUCUUAAAGGAGGAGCUGGAGGAUCUGAUGGCCAGGGUGGUACGUUCCGGUACUCCUUCCAUGGCGACCCACAUGCUACAUUUGCAGCUUUCUUUGGUGGCACAAAUCCUUUUGAGAUCUUCUUUGGAAGGAGGAUGCCUGGUGGCAGAGACGCUGAAGACAUGGAAGUGGAUGGUGAUCCAUUUGGAUCCUUCACUAGUUUUAGUAUGAAUGGUUUUCCAAGGGAAAGGAAUACAGUUGGCAGCCARUUACGCCGUAAACAAGAUCCCCCUGUAAUCCAUGAACUUAAAGUGUCACUGGAAGAGAUCUAUCAUGGCUGCACAAAAAGAAUGAGGAUUUCACGUAAAAGGCUUAACCCAGAUGGUAGAAGUGUCCGAACAGAGGACAAAAUUCUUACUAUUGAUAUAAAAAGAGGAUGGAAAGAAGGCACCAAGAUCACUUUCCCAAAAGAAGGCGAUGAAACACCCAACACAAUUCCAGCUGAUAUUGUUUUUAUCAUUAAAGAUAAGCCUCACACUCAUUUCAAGAGAGAUGGAUCAAAUAUUGUCUAUCCUAUUAAGAUCAGCUUAAGGGAGGCUUUGUGUGGCAGCUCUUUCAAUGUGCCAACGAUAGAAGGAAGAACCAUACCCAUGACAGUAAAUGAAGUGGUAAAGCCUGGGAUGAGGAGAAGAAUUAUAGGAUAUGGAUURCCGCUUCCCAAAAAUCCUGACCAACGUGGAGACUUAAUUAUAGAAUUUGAAGUAAUCUUCCCAGAUAACAUUUCUCCAGCAUCAAAAGAAGUACUUAGGCGAAAUCUUCCAGUUUCAUAAAAUGGAAGACUGUGUAUGUCAACAGAUUAAAGUAGGACACUGGAAAUGCAGAAGACUGGGAAGUCUGUGCUUUAAAAGUGCAAUCUGUAACACCUAGUGGAAUCUUUGUUUUUUUUUGUUUUGUGGGAUGGGUGGGGGGAAAAUACCGUAAUGCUGCAUGAGAAGAAAAGGGUUUAAGUAGAAGUCAUACAGGUGAAUUCUGCAGUAAAAAUAACAGGGAAAACCACUCGUUUUGUUUUACAUCUUCCUAAUCAGCAAAGUUUAGUCAUUAUUUUGCUUAAUAUAAAAUUCAGUAAUUUUUUUACAAAGUCAGUKCAUAUUUCUGAUACAGUACUUGAGCCUCCAAGUACUUUGUUUCUUAUAUCCUUAUCCUGUCUAUAACAUCACAUAUUUGUACAAAAAUUUGAGAUAGAUAGUAGUAGAAAUACACAAAGGUAUAARUAUUUUAAAGAGCAAAACAUGAAAGAGAUCAUUUCAAUAUGUUGCCUUCCACUGCACAAAGAAGCAUCGGCUGGAAAAAUCAGCUUUGACUCCUGAACCUACCCUCUGUUCGAUGAAAGCCUUCUCUUUAUUGCCCCAGGAAGUGUCAGGACUGCAUUGUGAAUCUGGCAAAGGGUAUCUGGCCUGAGGAGACAGAGUAGGCAUUUGCUGUGGGACAGUUCCACAGUCUUCAGGCAGAGCAGCAAGAAGGGACUCUUCAAGGACAUGAACAGCAAAGGGUGAGCCUGCUGUCAAAUGGGCCAGAGAAACUGGUGACAAAUGACAUGGAGAAGGCUGACGUACUCUGUGCUGCCUUUGCAUCAGUCACUAACAUAAAACAAGCACACAGGAAUUCCAGGCCCCUGAGACUAGAGGGGAAAUCUGUAACCUUGGCAGUGGAGGACUGGGUUASGGUGCAUUUUCACUGGAAGUCUCAGCCUAACAGAUUCCACCCAAGUGUUGAAGGAGCUGGCUGAUWCCGUUGCAGGGCCACUCUUUGAAUGGUCAGGGAGAUUGAGAAAUGUUCCAGUGGACUUGAGAAGAGAAAAUACCACUCCUCCAGACAACCAAGAAGUAAGAUACAGGAAUCUGCAGAGUAAUCAGCUUCACCUAAGCCCUUGGUGAAGCCCCCAAAAAAUCUUCUUAGAAAGCAUUUCUAAAAGGAGUAGUCAACAUAGAUGUACAACAGGGAAAUCUUGCUUGACCAGUCUAAUUGCCAUUUACAGUGAGCUUCUAACAUCAGUAGACAGACUGAUGAAAURGAGGUCAGAUAAGCAGAAAGUGAGAUGGAUUAAAAGUUGGCUAAAUGAGGGGGCACAAAUCAGUGGCAUGAAGUCCAGUUGGAGGCRGGUCAACAGUGGUGUACCCCCUCGCUCAGUACUGGGGCCAGUACUAUUCAGCAUCAUUAAUGAACUGAAUUAUGGGAUGGAGUUUACCAAUCAUAUAAAAUGGGGAGGAGUUUCCCUGGUGCCACCAGCUGAUGUACUGCCUUUCAAAGGGACCUCAACAGGCUGAAGAACUGGACAGAGGAUUCUCACAAAGUUCAACAGAGGGAAUGCAAAGUCUUGCUCCAUUGAAGAGUAACUGACCAGUAAACUGAGAAUGAGAUGGCAAUGCAGCCUUGUGGCAACAGUGGCCAGAGCUUUGCUGGCAGCUGAGGGGAGACUGUCCUUUCUCAUUACUGUCAGCGCUGAUGAGGAUACAUCUGGAGUACUGGACUCCCUGGUGCUUGAAGGAUGUAAACUCAGGGGAGCAGCUCUGGCACAGGACCAGGUGUGAGAGGCUGAGAGAGCUGGAAUUUGCCAACCUGGUGAAGAAAAGACUUGAAGAGGUCUUGGCACCUGACAGGGAGUGAAUGAAGAUGGAGGAGCCAGGCUCUUCUCAGUAGCUCUCAGUGACAGGACUGGAUGGGCACAAGUUGGUUAGGGAUUCCGUCUGAACACAAGGAAACACAUUUUACUGUGAGGAUGGUCAAAUGCUAGAAUAGGUUUCCGAGAGAAGCUGAGGAGUUGCUGUCCCUCAAAACUCAUAGCCUGACUGGACAUUGUCCAGGGCAGCCUGCUCCAGCUGGCCAUGUGUGAACAGGGAU